CCUAUGGCACCUCUGAAGGAACUCACGAGACUGCUGAAACCCCUUUCACCAAUGAAACCAUUCAUGCCCUUACUUCCUCUAUCCUAGCGGCUGCAGAAGCUCCAGGAGUGUCCAAACGAGAUGCAGCUCUGGUUACAGCCACAGUCUUCUACCUCAUGUACGCGGUGGCUUUACCUCGAUUCCGUAUGGCAUUACUGGUUCAAACAGUGUUCCAUGUCCUGGGCGCGGCAAUAUACUUUCCACUGCUCUUUGUUCGCUCCACAUCGGCAAUUAUCACUUUGGCUUCCGUCGGAAUGGCUUGGGAUAUUGGUAUGAGGCACAUGCAGCGUAUCAUCAACCCAAAGAAGGCGAAGGAAGAAGAGAAAAUGAGGGAAUGUGAGGAGAAACAGAGGGAGGCUGAGGCUGCGGGUGCUGAAGAGGACGACGAUGAUGAAGAUCAUAAGACCUUGGCUGACCGUCACUGCUCUGCAUAUGAUAAGACAAUCAACACCGCAACUGGAUCCCAUGUUCCAGCUCUGAACAUUGAGCACUUUUUGGAGCGGACGGCGGCGUUCGUUGUCAUCGUGCUGGGUGAGAUGGUGCUGAGCGUUGUUUAUCACGCAACGACUUCCCAAGUCGGCUUCCAGAGGUAUAUUUUUCCCGAUUUAUCUCAUUCAAAGUCUAAAUUGGUGUUCUAUAGGAUCUACGGGAUUGCCAUCUGCGGAUUGAUAACCGCGUUCAAUUUAUGCUGGCUCUGGUUUGCUGGGACCAUGUUCACGACACUCCAUUUCCCACUUUGUGCUGCCUUGCUCAUUGUAUCGGCGGCCAUGUCUUAUUUCACCAAGCACGAAACAGAAGCACCUGAGGCCAUUCGUUGGUAUUUCGGAGGUGGAUUGGGGGACCACCAGAAUCAGCAGGGUAAGGUUAAUACUUUGGAGCUUGGAUUGAAUCUCAUUUCAUUGCAGAGAGUGCAACUUAUCGUGCGAAUUCUUGUUGGAGUCGCCUUGACUUGUAUCCCUCUUGCUCACAAUCUCUCACCCCUCAAGUUGAUGGGCAUCGGGGCCGGUCUGACUUCUCUCCUCGUGAUGGAAGAGACCUACGGGAAACUCUGGCGGGGAGAACCGAUUUCGAAACCCAGUGCCUCAGAGAAAGCUGCUGCCGAGGCGGAUGCGAAGAAUGACGAGAUUAUCGAAAGCCCGGUCGAGGAAAAACCACCGCAUAAAUCGAAGAGCGAUCAAUGA